UUACAGCCCUCUAGGCUCCAAAUGAUGAGUGGAGAAAGGAAGAAUCAUUACUCCUUGUGACUAUCCCAACUAUAAAUGCAAUUCUUUCAAGGGGAGGAGGAGGAGGCAAAUUAAGUUGACAGAAACGGCUGUUAAGAGAGGACACAGGAGCCAUGGGAGAGGAUUUCAACAAGACACAAAUACCACCCAUUAAGCCACACUUUGUGCUGGUCCAUGGCAUAAGUGGAGGAGCUUGGUGCUGGUUCAAAAUCAGAAGCCUCAUGGAGAAUUCCGGUUACAAAGUUUCAUGUAUUGACCUCAAAAGCGCAGGAAUUGAUCCUUCUGAUGCUAAUUCUAUUCAUUCUUUUGAUGAUUACAAUAAACCCUUUAUCGACUUCAUGUAUGCCUUGCCUGACGAUGAACAGGUGAUACUGGUGGGACACAGUGCCGGCGGCUUAAGCAUAACUCAGGCCACUCACAAGUUCGCAAAGAAAAUCCGGUUGGCUGUGUAUGUAGCAGCCACCAUGCUGAAACACGGAAUCUGGGCAGAUCAAGAUGCCAAAGAUGUAAACCAAAUUUCUUUCCCUCUAUAUGAUUAA